AUGCCUUCAAACUUUCAAUACACAGCGGCAAAGUCUUCACGGAUAACGAAGCGGCCCAUCUUAGGCUCUCCUAUAAAAAAGCUACUGAAAGGCUUAAAGUACUUUCUGGAUCAGCCAAAGCGUUUUCAGAAAGUGAAUUUAGCAGCAUCAAAUGAUGGCGAAAAUAGUUCGAGAAGCCCGAAAUCAACGCAAAACUCGGAACCAUUAACUGUUCAGGACUAUAAUGUUCAGUUGGACUACCAACUUUCUUCCAAGGAUGAUAUUUUGGUGGGCAUUGAUACCAUUUUGAGUAAUCAAUGGGCUGAAUCUUCAAGUUUGAACCAAAGAUACCAUGAUAAUCAGACUAAAACUGCGUUAGGAUACAACAUGGAGGAGUUAGUAUUCUCACUAAAAGGACUUGGACUGAGUUCAAAGGCAGAAAUUAUGAAGUAUCGUGCUAAUCAAUUACCAAAGGGCCUUAUCACCACUACUCAACUUUAUUCGAUGUACGAUCACCAAGGAAAUACAUUUGUCGACAGGAAUAUUGAAAUUGAAAUAAGAAAGGGAUCUCUAAGGAAGUUCGUCAUUACUAAUGCUUCCCCUGUGAUUCUGAAUAACACACAAAAAUUUCAGAAUGGUAAGGUUACGUACGGGUUCGAAAACGUGGAAGUGCUUUGCAAGUCAAAAUCGUAUCUUGAAAUUAUUGACAGCCACACUCGAUCGAUUGAAGAUGAAUUAACUGAAGAUAUGACCCAGGCAAUUAAAGCCAAGAAAAUGGUUCAGAUUCAGGGUCUCCAGAAAUUCCGAAAGUACAUAGUUGAUAACCCAACUGCUUUAUUCAUUGAUAAUGACAAUACUUUGGACAAAGAAGAAAUGUCCAUAUUGGUUACACAUGGGCUUGUGACUCUAACUUCCAACCACUUGAAUGAAAUCGAAUCACAUCAAUACUCCAUAUCCUAUCCUGCGUGCGGUACAUAUUUGAAAUUAAUUAAUGCUGGCAGAGUAUGGUUGGUAAAACUAUUGAGUAAGAACAAGUACAAAGAAAGCUUAGAGGAAACCAUUGUCACCAAGUGGGAAGGGACUAAUUUUAAUGGAACAUGCAAAAUGAACAAUUUUAGAAAGCCAUUCUAUGGUUUCGAAUUGAAUUGGAUUUUGGCAGAUGCAUUGGGUGUGGGGUUAAUAGAAGUAUUCAACACCCCAGUUGGGCGCGGUUGGAGGUUGACAGGGAAAGUAUAG